AUGAUCGAGUACGCUUAUCGUGUUGACGUGCUCAUUGUGCUAUUGAUAUUGUUGCUCAUCUCUACCUGUUACUUAUUGCGUCCACCGCACCAUCUGCUCUUCCCAGGGCCGCGUCAUCUUCCCUUCGUUGGCAAUAUUCAUCAGAUUGACCAUGAAUACCCACACAAGACGUUUGCCCAGUGGACGAGAUCUCAUGGACCUCUCGUUUAUACCUACCUGUUCAGACAACCUGCCCUCAUCAUACACACCGUCCAGGCUGCAAUUGAUCUCAUGGAGAAGAAAGGCGCUAUUCAUUCAAGCCGGCCAUCAUUUGUUUUCCUGAUCGAACUAAUUGGUCUAAACAAUAAUCCGGCCCUUCUUCCUUAUGGUGAUCGAUGGAGACGCCAUCGAAAAUGGCUACAAGCUGCGCUUCUAGAAAAGAACAUUCUCGAAUCGUAUCAUCCUAUUCGCGCGAGGGAAGUUCAUCGCUUGUUGACCGGGCUCGUGCAAUCUCCGGACGAGUUUGCAUCGCUCAUCACAAGCUAUGUGGGUGCCAUAUUGACGGAGAUCACCUAUGGGCACACGGCGACUUCGUUGGAAGAUGACCAAUUUAUCCAAAUGGCAGCAAAAUCUUCUGCAGAUACGAUCGAAGCUUGCACAUUCGCGUCCACGUUGGUCGACUUUUUUCCAUCUUUGAAACACAUCCCGACGUGGAUGCCCGGAUCUUCAUUUAAACGAAAUGCACUGCGUAUUCGACAGCAGGUCAAGAUUGCUGAAACCACUCCGUACACGUGGGUCAAAGAGCAGAUUGCAUGUGGGAGCGCGAGACCAUCUUUCGUAUCCUCCAUCUUGGAUAAAAUGACCAGGGACGGAGAAUUGUCUGAAGACAACGAGCGCAAUUUGUCGGGUGCGGCUGCAAGCAUUUACAAUGCUGGAACAGACACCUCGGUCACCAGCAUACAAACCUUCGUGUUGGCGAUGGUCCUGUAUCCCGAAGUCUUCAAGAAAGCGCAAAUGGAGAUCGAUAAAGUCGUUGGCAAUUCACGACUUCCAGAUCUAGCGGAUAGAGGCUCAUUGCCUUAUCUCGACCAGGUACUCUUGGAAGUUUAUCGCUGGAAUCCUCCGGUACCGCUGGGGAUACCACAUCUUUCAACCAGGGAUGACGUAUAUUUAGGUUGUCAUAUUCCAGGCGGAACGAUGACUAUGUCCAACAUAUGGUAUGUGCACAUGACUCGAGACCCAGAAAUAUACUCAGAUCCGGAAGCAUUCAGACCGGAAAGGUUUGACGAGCUCGACGCGGAGACCAUGGAACUGUAUAAUCCAGGCAAAAUUGUGUUUGGUUUCGGUCGGCGCAUUUGUCCAGGGCGUUAUUUGGCUGAUUCGAGCAUCUGGCUAGCUAUGGCUACUAUCCUAGCAAGUUUCAACAUCGCUAAAGCAAAAGACGAUAAAGGGAAUGUCAUCACUCCUACUCCUGCGUUUCUUCCUGGCCUUGUAAACCAUCCGAAACUAUUUCGCUGUCAUAUAAGCCCGCGGUCGCAGGAAAUGCGGACGCUCAUUCUUGAUCAAGGCAUGACUAUUGCAGUCUGACAUGUGGAGAGGAGUUGAAAGCUGCAGGAAUCCCGUUAUGCAGUCGCAAUGUUUGCUAGCCGUACAAUGAUGAGAUGACGCAAGCCAAAAGG